AUGGAUUUGAAAAAAUCGUGUCCUCGCAGUGGCAAGGCCACAGAAAUAGAACGUGACCAUCCGUACGUGGCCCGCAAUGGGACCAUCAGACUACUGAAGGAGCAGCUCUCGCAGGCUCGCAUAGACCUGGAAAAGCAUGGUACUGAAAUUCUAAGACUUACCAAAGAGGAUGUUGAGCUACGGCUCUUCAAGGCAUCGCUCAGUUCCCCGGAGCAACGUUCAAACUCCAAUGACACCGUAACGGUGCGGGAGAAGACCACCAACGAUGCAAACACGCCCAGCUCUCAGGGCAUUUCGCUGAUUGUUGAUAAAACGGACGAGUGUAGCAAAGCCAGUCCCCGGCAUUAUCCGCACAAUCAUGUCAUCCACCAGGUGCACUUCAUGGACAAGAUGUCCACCUCGGAGAUGCAGAGCUCGUUUGCCGAUUCGGGACAUUUCGAGGACAUUACGACCAAGUCGAUCCAUUCCAAGGAUUCGUACGUACACACGCAGGAUCGUGCUUGCGGAAGCGACGAUGACAUUGAUGCCGAGAAGCAGCGGCUUGUCGAGAUGUAAGAAACUCGCAUUGAGGAGCUAGUUAAACAGCAUCAGGCAGA